AUGGGUGCAUAUGUCUUCCUUGCCCGGAUUAGCGCCAUCUGCCUGGCAUUUGUUACGCUGCUGGUAGGAUAUGAUCUCUACUCAGGGAGCGAAUAUCUUGAAGUCGCCUACAGGCCCUUUCGGCAUGGCUACACAAGCAUCGAUACCAACAGUACCGACAAUCCCAACAGCAGCGGGUUGACCACUGCUGUGGACAUCGCAACCACACCGAUUCCCACUCCGACUUUUGCAAUAGCCCCCCCGCCAACAGAAACGCCAGAUGGCGAUCCAGAAAAGCUCGAGAGCGCCAAAAAGUACAUCAAAUCCAUUCUUGAUCCCGACGACAAAUCCCUUCCAAGGCUGGACUGUCCUCGCCUCGAUUCCCAACGCUAUGAGUAUCUCAACCCGAAUCUGAGUUACCAGAAGCGCAGAUUCUUCUUUGCCCUCAACAUUCGCCAAAAGGUGGAACUUCUCCCGCGUCUCAUGGGUUCCAUCAUCGAAGCCAUUCGUUUCCUUGGGGUCGAAAACUGUGCAUUAUCAGUAGUGGAGGGUAACUCCAAUGACGGAACCUACGAAGUCUUCAAGUCCCUGGGACCUGAAAUGAAACGGCUGGGAAUUGACUAUCACUUCCAGCGCAGCGAUCUUGACCCCGGCGCCGGUGAGCGCAUCCCGAGGCUUGCAGAGCUCCGCAACCUCGCUCUGUUGCCCCUCCUCCAGCGCAGCAAGCACUACGCCUCCGACGCAACGGUCCUUUUUCUGAACGACGUCGCCCUCUGUGCCGAGGACAUCCUGGAACUCGCGCACCAGCGCCUCAGGUUGGGGGCGGACAUGACCUGCGCAAUGGACUGGACGUACGUUGGCGCCGACCCGACGUUCUACGAUGUCUGGAUCAGCCGGACGAUCGCGGGCGACUCAUUCUUCAACAUCCCCGCAGACGGUAAUUGGAAUUCGGCUUGGAACAUUUUCUGGAACGAGCCGACGACGCAGACGCUCUUCUCGGCGCAUCGUCCCUUCCAGGUGUUUUCGUGCUGGAACGGGGCUGUGGCGAUCACGGCGCGGCCGUUACUGGAUCGCCUCAUUCGGUUCAGAGCGCAUGGUGAAGGUGAAUGCUUCCAAGGAGAGCCUUCGCUGUUCUGCAAAGACAUGUGGAACAACGGGUUCGGCAAGAUCGCCGUCGUUCCUAGCGUCAACCUGGAGUAUAGCGACGAGGCUGGUAGGAAGAUCAAGGCGGCCAAGGGUUACACCAGUCAAUGGGCGACAGACGAUGAAGACAGCAAGCCAAAGUUAGAGUGGAAGAACGAACCCCCGGAGAAAGUCAAGUGUAUACCCAGUUAUGAGAAGCAGACUUGGGAACCAUGGAAUCAGGGCUUAGAAUAA